ACAGGGAGAAAAAGGAUUCACUUAACACAAAGCUCUUUACUGAUACUGAUAACAAUGGAUGCUCUUCACGACUCUGGAGUUCAGAUGGUCCAAUAUCUACAGACAAGCUACAAGAGUUCUCAAGACUUGUUCAUGUUUGUCUCAUUUGCUGCUGACCUCAGAAAUACCUUCUUCAUCUUCUUCCCCAUCUGGUUCCACCUGUGUGAGUCAGUGGGCAUCAAACUCAUCUGGGUGGCCGUUAUCGGGGACUGGCUCAACCUUGUCUUCAAGUGGAUUCUCUUUGGACAGAGACCGUAUUGGUGGGUUCAUGACACUGAUUACUAUGGCAACAGCUCAGCUCCUAUCAUUGAACAGUUUCCUGCUACCUGUGAGACAGGACCAGGAAGCCCUUCAGGUCAUGCCAUGGGGUCUGCUGGAAUUUACUAUGUUAUGGUUUCAGCCAUUCUUACAAUAGUUUUGAAGAAGAAGGAAUCAGCCAUUAAAAAUUGGUUUGUCCGUGGAACACUCUGGACAGCGUUCUGGGCUGUUCAGGUCUGCGUCUGCCUGUCUCGAAUAUUCCUAGCUGCACAUUUUCCUCACCAGGUUGUGGCUGGAGUUAUCGCAGGUAUGGUGGUUGCUGAAGCUUUUCAUCACAUAAGGUUUAUUUACAAAGCCAGUUUAAAGAAAUAUGUCUAUACCACCCUUUUCCUCUUCUCAAUUGCACUGGGCUUCUAUUUGGUUCUUAAAUCAAUGGGUGUGGACCUCCUAUGGACUCUGGAGAAAGCCAAGAGAUGGUGUGCUCGGCCUGAGUGGAUCCACAUUGAUACCACCCCCUUUGCUGGUCUUCUCAGGAACCUAGGAAUCUUUUUUGGCUUGGGGCUGGCCCUCAACUCUAAACUUUACCAGGAAAGCUGCCAAGGAAAACAGGGAAGACAAUUUGUCUUUCGUAUCUGGUGCAUUGUGAUCUCUCUGUUUGUCCUCCAUUUAUUUGACUCCUUCAAGCCACCAACCAAAGUGGAGAUGCUCUUCUAUGUUUUAUCAUUCUGCAAAAGUGCAGCUGUGCCCCUAACUGCAGUAGGAAUUGUCCCUUAUUGUGUAUCUCAGAUUCUUCAUCAACAGACCAAAAAAAAUCUUUAGUGGAACUAAUUUUAACUUUUACUAGUUGUAGUAAUAUUUUAAUGGACUGGACAAAUAUUGGAAAAAAAUAUUCUUCAAUGAUGAGCACCUGAGAAAAAGACUCUUGAAAUGUGAACAUCUAUUAAGUGACUGGAGUGUGACUGUUAAACAGUUCUAUGCAACAACUCUCCAUCCACUAAAAUAUAUCUUUACAAGAAGCUAUUCUGCUAUACUAAGGUGGCUGGUUACAGUGAUCUACAAAGCCCAAAAGGGUUAGUAAGAAUGAACUUCUUCCGCUAGUUUUCUUGGAGCAGGAAUUACUGAAGUACUAAAGACUCAAAAGCUGCUAAACAAAUAUGGUGCACCUCAGGUAAAAAUGGUAGCUUUGAAAGGCCUAGCCAGAGUCGGACACUAAUCAAUGUAACUACCAUCUCUGGUUCAGAAUGAGCCAUACUGACUUCCCAGAAUACAUCAGAAAAGGUUUUGAAAGUGCUAGUAAUGGCUCAGUUUUUAUUUUAUAAAAGUUAAAUGCAUGUGGAAAUGCCAUACAGAACAAAAUCAGUAGCAGGCCUAGUGGCUCUAGUUAGGAUUUUUUUGUUAUAUUAGCAACUAUUUCUAAUAACUAUUUAUUUUAUUAAAAAAAGUCUUUAAACAAA